UUCUCUCACACCAGCUUCCGCACAAUGCGAGCUCUGUUAUGAUUGUCUGGAUGAGCAGCGUAGGCUACUGCUUUACUUGGACAAUUCGUUUCUACGAACACUUCAAUGGACAUACCGCAGACAAUGCGUCGCUGUUUUUCCGCACGUUUCCAGUGAAGGUACUUGAUAUUCUGAAAUGUCAGUCUAUUUUCCCGUCAUCCUGAAGUGAAGUAUCGCCUGUUCCAUUCCUUCUGCAGUGUCAGCAGCAUCAGCACAUGUUUUCGAAUACUUGUCCUCGCUUACAGAGACAUGUCUACGGCGAUAACAGCGGAGCUGACCCGAAACGACCCAGAAUCAAGGUCCUGGGACUUGCUGGAGACCCUCACGAAGACAUACCUCUUCACCUAUAACCUGAUUCAGUUGCUUGGCUUUCUUUGGAUAUUUUCCAGUAUUACUGUGAAUCUUGCUCUUGAAGGAACAGAUUCAGUUUACCAUACCUUUGACUACUGUUGGAUCGUCAUGUUCAUUUGUCAAAUACUGGCAGUGGUGGAGGUCCUCAACCCAGCUUUGGGUCUGGUGAACACGCCAGUCUUCCCUGCCAUGGUUCAGGUGAUGGGGAGGAAUGUCAUCCUGUUUGUCAUUUUCGGAAGCCUGGUUGAAAUGCAGAACCGGAUCAUAGUGUUCUUUGUCUUCUACACCUGGAGUGCAAUUGAGAUCUUCAGGUACCCCUUCUGCUUGCUUGCGUGCCUUGGCAUGGAGUGGAGAUUGCUCUCUUGGCUUAGGUAUACCAGCUGGGCACUACUGUACCCACUCGCCACGGUGGCAGAAGCGGUGACAGUGGUGCAGUCUCUGAGCAUAUUUGAUGAGUCUGAUCUGUACAGCAUUCCACUACCUCCAGCUCUGGGCCAAUCCCUCAGCUUCUCCUUCACACUCAAACUCUACCUGUUUGUCAUGUUCCUGGGCCUCUUCAUAAACCUGAGACACAUGAACAGCCAGAGGAGACUCCACUUCCUCCGAAAAGACAUCAAAGUGGACUGAGCCUCUGUGGUGUCAUCUUUUUAGCCUGCUUCCUCUGGGUUGGACUUGGAGUUUUCAUUCCCUGUGGUCGUCGAGACGACCAGACUGUCCUCUGUUGCCUGGAUGUGGC